UUCAGAGUUGGUUCUUUCUUUUGUGCUGGAUCAACAUCCAAUAUUUUCCAUUGUAUCCUCCCUGUUCAAUCUCCUCCACCCUCAGUUCCUCCUUUCCCACCCACCCUACUUUCUAAUUGGAUUUCAUUACCAUUUCCUUUCACUUUUUCCCAGCCAGACUCUGGUUGGAGCGGCUUGGGUAGGAGCGGCUUUACUGGGUUCUCUUCGGCACACUCAAACAUCAGAGGCAGCUCCCAAAGACUUCACUCUAAAUCAACUGCCGUGACACUGCAAUGACACCACUCUGGCUGUUGCCCUUGUUGCAGUCCCUUCUUCUCCUCCAAAUCCAUCUUUCCAACCAGUUAGAAGACAACAAGAUCCCUCCCAGUCUGUGUACUGGUCACCCUGGUAUCCCUGGCUCUCCUGGAGCUCCUGGCACUCCUGGUCAGCCAGGGAGAGACGGGAGGGAUGGGAGAGAUGCUGCUCCAGGGGAGAAGGGACAGAGGGGGGACACGGGAUACCCAGGUGAGACAGGACUGCGUGGCUUGACCGGGGACAGAGGGGAGAUGGGAGAAAAAGGGGAGAGGGGGCAGUCAGGAGAGUGCGCAGUGGCCCCCAAAUCAGCCUUCAGCGUCAAACUCUCCGAGGGCCACACUUCACCCAUCACCGUGGGCAAUGUAGUCCGCUUUGACAAGGUCGUGCUUAAUGAACAGGGCGACUACAACGCAGAGACAGGACAGUUCACCUGCAAAGUGCCAGGAGUUUACUACUUUGCCGUUCACGCCACAGUCUACCGCGCCAGCCUCCAGUUUGACCUGAUGAAAAACGGACACACAGUGGCCUCUUAUUUUCAGUUCUACGGCAACUGGCCCAAACCAGCCUCUCUCUCAGGCGGCUCCCUGCUUCACCUCAUCCCUGGUGACCAGGUGUGGGUCCAGAUGGCUCUGUCAGAGUACAAUGGGUUUUACUCCAGCACCAAGACAGACAGCACCUUCACCGGCUUCCUGGUGUAUUCAGACUGGAAAAACUCUGCUGUGUUUGCAUGACACGUGCUUUUG